AUGUCACUGCCAACCCCUUUGUACAAACUGAAUGCCGUUCAAAAACACUCAGUCUAUGAACCUGCCGAAGACACCUUCCUCCUUCUGGACGCAAUUGAAAAAGAUUUACAGAAACUUCGUGACAUUUCCCCUCAAAUCGUGCUCGAAAUCGGGUGUGGCUCUGGCGUUGUAUCAGUGUUUUUAAACAAGAACAAAGUGGAUAUACUUCUAUUCAAUCCACCUUAUGUACCGACAGAUGAAGAACCGAAAAGCGAC